CUCUUUGUGGCCGUGUUGCGCAUGGCGAAUAGCCCGCGCAGACCAGCAGCGUCAGUACAGAGCGUCCACAGAGAAUGGGUGGAAACCGCCGCACAGAACCCAGAGGCGAUCUCUUGGAUCUGGAAGUCUGUGGCGUGCAUGGCCAUAGCUUCAAUCUCCGUGUGUCAGAGAGCAUCACGGGAAAGGACCUCCUCGAGAUGGUGCGAAACCAUUUGCCAGCCAAGCCCGGCGCUGCUUUGUCACUGCUGUGGAAUGAGCAAAAGCUCUCGUUGACGAGAACCUUGAGAGAGGAAGGUCUUUGGAAGUCUCCGGUCGUCAGCUACGUCUUUGCACGCGCCUGCAUGCUGAAGGCUUGGAAGGCUCUGAAGAGGGGCUUUGAAGACUCUGGUGAGGAAAGUUUGGAAGGACUUACUGCAGUCUACUAUGAGGGAAAGCACCUGGAGUUCUUUUUGAAUCAGGUGCAACCCUCUGGAACCUUGGAGCGGAUCGUCUUUGAACAUUUUGAUCGAAGUUUGAAGAACAUCAUGUUUCCCAAGAAUCUUCAAAGUUUGACCUUCAGCUACAACUUCAACCGUUCCUUGCGCAACGUGAAGUUUCCCAAGGGACUGAAGCAUCUCACCUUCGGCUCGGAUUUCAACCAACCUUUGGAACGAGUGCAGCUGCCGAGCACGCUGCAGAGCUUGUCUUUCGGCGAAGAGUUUGACCAGAGCUUGGAGUUUGUACACCUGCCGAAGCUUCAAAGUUUAACCUUCGGUUUGAGCUUCGAUCAGCCCCUUGACCGAGUGCGCCUGCCGAGGACGUUGCAACGUCUCACGCUGGGGCGGAACUUCAACUUCCCCUUGCAACGCGUGAAGUUGCCGCAGCUGGAGUACUUGGAGUUUGGGGAGCUGUUCAAUCAGAACAUGGACCAUGUGCAAUUGCCCAGUAGCAUUCAGAAGCUGGUCUUUGGCAGUACCUUCAACCAACGCUUGGAUCGUUUGGUGCUGCCCCAGAGUCUGCAGCGCUUGGUCUUCGGGAGCCAAUACAACAAGAGCUUGGAGGGCGUGAUCUUCCCACAAGCUCUUCGUGAACUGGUCUUCGCCGACAUGUUCAAUCAGAGUUUCAAGAACGUAACUCUUCCGGAGAAUUUGGAAGAGUUAAGAUUGGGCCAUCGCUACAAUCGGAGCUUGGAGGGUGUGCAGCUGCCCCGCAAGCUCAAGACCUUGAUCUUCGGCGAGGAGUUCAACCAAAGUAUGGAGAGUGUGAUCCUUCCGAGCACUCUCCAAGCGUUGACCUUCGCUGGAGCCUUCAAUCAGAGCUUGGAAGCCUGCGAGCUGCCCAGCGGCUUGCGAAGUCUCUCCUUCGGCUCCGACUUCAGCCAAAGCUUGCGGAACGUCGCACUUCCGCGUGCCCUGGAGCGUUUGAGCUUGGGAAGCCGCUUCUACGAGAGCUUCGAAGGUCUGAAGUUCCCCAAGGGCCUGCAGCACCUGGGCGUGAGCCCACUGUACAGCCACAGCUUUGAACAUGUGGAGCUGCCCAGAGGUCUUUGGGUGCUGCCUUAUGGCGAGGGGCAGGUAGUGAGCAACUCCACUCAUUUGAUCUUUCCCGACAUCUUUGACGAGUGCUUGGAUGGUGUGCAGCUUCCGAGCCAUUCGACGUCCUUGACCUUCGGGCGGUUCUUCAAUCACAGCUUGCAGAGGGUGCACCUCCCUGCGGGUCUCCUAUCCUUAAGUUUUGGGCAUGAGUUCAACCAAAGCCUCAAGUACGUGAACCUCCCUGAUGGCUUGCAGAGCUUGAGCUUUGGUGGGUCGUUCAACCAAAGCCUCGUGGAGGUGAAGCUCCCUCGAGCACUGGAAAGCUUGAAGUUCGGCCGCGACUUUGAUCAAAGCCUGAAGCAUGUCACUUUCCCCACAGGCCUGCGGCAUCUCACCUUUGGUGCCUACUUUGAUCAGCCCUUGGAGGAGGUGGACUUUCCAGAGAGUCUGGAAACCUUGAUCGUCGGAAAGAAGUUCAGCCAGAGCUUGGAGAAUUUGACGCUGCCUGGAAGUCUUCGCUACUUGAGCUGUCAAGGCUUAAUCGUCGAGAGCGAAUGAGCACGUUUUGAGGAGCUGUGCAUGGAGCUUGAGGAGCUGGCGCGAAUCGACAGCGGCACCGUGCAUGCGUUCAACGCCCGGUUUUCGGGGCAGCGUGGGUGAAGCUCUGCUGGGCAGCUUUGUCAAGCUGUUAAGCUUUCAGAAUAGGUAUCAUUCUGAAGAGGGGUGUCAUUGCAUGAAGGUGAAUUUAUCCUUGAUGAAUGACCGCCUACUCACAAAGCUCUUGCCCAUACAGGCGCACAUCGGAAUUGCUUUGACAUUCUGCACUUGCCCUUUUGUCAAAUAAGCAAAGGGACCUUGAUGCAUCGUCGUGCUUCUCAAGACACGGUGAC